AUGUCCUCUUACCGUCUGGUUUUUGGGAAAAUGUGCCAUUUACCUGUGGGAAUAGAGCAUCAGGCCUUCUGGGCGAUCAAAGAGAUGAAUCUGAAUGCCGAGUCCUGUGCUGAAGAAAGAUUGCAGCUGCAAGAGAUUGAGGAGCUCCGCCUUGACGCUUACGACUCUGCCAUGUGGUAUGAAGAAAGGACAAAAAUGUUGCAUGACAAGAACCUCCGAAAGAAUGAGCUCAAGGUGGGACAGAAAGUGCUACUUUUCCAAUCAAGACUCAAGUUGAUACCUGGAAAAUUAAGGUCAAGGUGGAUAGGCCCCUAUACCAUCAUCUCCAUACGAACAAAUGGAGCAAUCGAACUCCGAGGAAGCAACCCUGAUUCGUCUUCCUUUUUGGUGAAUGGGCAUAGAGUGAAGCCUUAUAGAGAUGGAACUGAGGUUUGCAUGGUGGACGACAUUCCACUGCUCAUGCCUAACUCUCUUCAAUGA